UGUAGGUGGAAUAUAGCUCCUCCUUUCAAUGUGAAGACUGCUGUCAUUGGCUAAAUAAAGAGAAAGGGGUUUUCCUUCCCCACCUUUCCCUGUGUGCAGAGUUUAUUUGUUUCAGUACUGGUCUGGCAGGCAAGUUUCAGAUAACAGGAUCUGGUUAUUGGACUUGACUCCGUUACAACAAUGCCGACUAACAUUGUGAAAGUCCCUGAAGGGAACGUCUCCUGUGAAACUUCAGAGGGUUCAGUGAUAAAUAUUCAUGUCAACCAAAGGUCUUUCCUAGAUGCCCUUUUUGAUGGAAUCAGAAGCCUGAGAAGCACCAAAGUUCAAAAAUCAACCAGUAAAUCAACCCAUGGAGCACAGAGAGGACUUGGGGCCUCUCAGAUCACUUUGGGCUGUAUCUGUGUGAUGCUUGCUAUAAUCAUUUGCAUUGGACCUGAACUGCAGAUAUAUUGGAGUGGGACUCUCUUUUGGGUUGGAUUCCCGUUCAUAAUAUCUGGAGCAAUGAGUGUUGUAGCUGACCAACGGCGCACCUUCACUGUGAACCUUCUUUCAGGUCUUUCACACACUGUUAGUAUUGGAGUUGCAGUGGCUGGUUUGGUGAUAUUGGCUGUUGAUCUUCAAAAUCUUCCAUGGUUUCGCAGUUGGGAAAACUACUGUGACACAUCUGAACAAAACUUUCAAUGGGAUUAUAGAACAACAGCACGCCCCAUCUCAGAUUAUCGGGUGCAACAAUGCAAGAGAGUAUUAAAUAUAUUCAUGAGAUUUUUUGGUGGAGUGCAGAUCAUGAUUUUGCUUCUCAUUAUCUGGGGCCUCUGUAUCUCGCUCUUUUCCCUUGGCUUCAGACUGAAGACUUGCUGUUGUGAACUGAGUUCUGAUAAGGAGACUCUAAUGGAAGAUGAUGAUGAACCUCUGAUGAAGUCUCCUUGUAAAGAGCCUGAGAUCGUUUAGGGAGACCUGCACAUUUUCUGCCUUUUCUAAACCUUAUACUGCUCAACAAUAUAAAAUAGCAUUAAUGCUUUGCACACAUUAUAUACUAUGUUGUGAAAAUGAUUACUUACUUUCAAAUACAUCUGCACAUUAGCAUCACUUAUGGGUGUGUUUUUUUUUUUUUUGUUGAAAUAUUUUUUAUUAGGGAAGAAUACGAUCACAUUGAAUCAAUUACACAGGGUUCUUCUUCCAGACCACCGGAUCCUCUUCCUUAUCUCUGUCGCUGUCAAACAAGCUUCCCCUUCCCCCCCCCCCUCAACUCUAGAUCCCAAUGUUCCACCGUCACUCGUUCGUCUUGUACAUUAGCCAAUAAAACCAUGUUUUUUGAAAAGUU